AUGCCAGCGAUACGCACAGCGCACGCGCACAUCCCCCAGCCGCCCUAUGCUGCUCCACCCGCGCGUGAGGGGGUAGAGCAUGCGUUCAAAACCACCCAGGCGUACGAACCGCGCCAGAAGGAGUGGCAUAGCUGGUGCGACGGCCAAACUGCAACCGGCUUUGCGGGGGGAGAGAGGUAUACGGUGAAAGAGGAGAAGCUCGCGUUGUUUCUCGAGGAGUAUGUGCUCAAGAGAACCAUAGCUAAGCGUCCUGCCUCCGCAGCCAGAGCAAGCACAGCAAGCAACGAAAGCGCCGAAGGCACCGAAAGCACAGCAAGCACCGAAAGCACGUCCGAGGCGGGUGAUGAUGAUUCGGCAGAGAGCACGGCGCAGAGUGGAGGUCUGGGUUGGUCGUCGAACUCACUCUACGUGGCAGCGGUCGUGGAUUUGCGGCGGACGCAACAGCAACGCGGCACCAACACGCACUACAACCCGCGCUCGGGACGCGUGCAAGCGCUACUGGCAACGGUUCGACAGCAACUUGCGCCCAAAAAGCCGCAUCCUGCACGGUCCAUGGCCGAGGGCGAUGUGGUCAAGCUGGCUCAGGAUGGGAUGGUGCGUGGAUGUAAAGAGGGCGUCCGAGAUCGACUCAUGGUGCUCCUCUCCCACGUUGCUGGUCUAUCGGGGACAGAAGUGCGCACGCUGGAGUACAGCGACUUUGACCUGCACGCCGAUGUAGACUCGGGUGUAAGGGUGGAGGUCAAGGGGAGGGUGGUGGGGAGGAGGGAGGAUGUAGAGUGCUGUGUGGUGGGCGCGUUGGCGCUGCAUCUCUUCUUGGCGCAGGAUAGACAGGAGGGUGACAAGGUCUUUGGCUCGGCAACGGAUCCAAAGACGGCGAUAUCGGAUGCGGCGCACUUUCAUACGCUGCGCAGUGCGCGUGUGCGUCAGGGCGUCGACAAGCGCGAACUCAAGUGCCUUAUGCGUGCGUCGCCCGUUGUGGGCACUGGCACCGAGCGGGUGGGGCGAGACAUCGAGGUUCCUGCAGAGAUCCUGGAUGCAGUGUUGCCCGAGCGAAAGGAGGCGUUGCUAGAUGGACUACGCAGCGUGCUGGUCCAUGAUGCGGCGGUGCUGUGGUUAAAGCAUCCGAGCCAUCCGAUGUUUACACACGGCGGGUUCCAGGGUUCGGCAUUCGAGGCGUUUGCUAGCCGCAUUCCCACACAACUGAGCGUGUGCAGUGCGCAAGCGUCGAGCGGGCCGCAGCUGGUGACGUUUCCAGGAACGAGCGUACAAUUAACUGCCGAGCAGAUGGGCGAGAUAGACAGAGCGGUCGCUGGACUCAUCACCCAAAAGAUGGAUGCUCGCCAACGCGAGCACGACCAGCAACUGGCCGAGGUCAAGCAAGGUCUAAACAGACUGCAACAGUCGAUACAGCGAGACGCGAGGCGCAAAGCCGAAUUCUUCCUGUUCCUUGCUGACAAGUUCAAUGUAGCUCUCGAUGCGGAAGACCUCGACGCUGCUUCGAUGGGCAGCAUUACCGCGACGCGCAACGACGACACUCCCGACGCUGGGUUUUACGUGGAUCGCGGAAUUAACAGAGUAGUCGAGCUGUGGACCGAGUACGUCCACGGUGCGAACGGCAAGCCGUCGGUGCAAUCCCUGGUACAGCGGCAAGGAUUCAGGUGGAAAAGCGACUUGGACCGAAAGUUCUUUACGCGCCGAAGCGUUAUCCUCGACGAAGUCGAGCGGCGGGCACAACAGGGCGAACCGGACGAAGAAACAGUCGCGGGAAAGUUGGACAGCUACAUGGUCAAGAUGGGGAUAAGGUCGUUGUCCCAGCUUCAGGAUCGAAUCAAGCAGGGAGACGUGCCGGAAUGCUUGGAGUAG